UGGAGGUUUCCAGAAGCGCUACCGCCGUCGCGCUGCGCAGCUCCUGUCCGUCCGGUCGCGUGUUGCCCUCGAUACUUCCACCGUCCAGCCGCCAUGAUAAGUGCCAGCCGAGCCGCGGCAGCUCGUCUUGUCGGCGCGGCAGCCUCCCGGGGCCCCACAGCCGCCCGCCACAAGGAUGGAUGGAAUGGCCUUAGUCAUGAGGCUUUUAGAAUUGUUUCAAGGCGGGACUAUGCAUCAGAAGCAAUCAAGGGAGCAGUUGUCGGUAUUGAUUUGGGUACUACCAACUCCUGUGUGGCAGUUAUGGAAGGUAAACAAGCAAAGGUGCUAGAGAAUGCUGAAGGUGCAAGAACCACCCCUUCAGUGGUGGCCUUUACAUCAGAUGGUGAGCGACUUGUUGGCAUGCCAGCCAAGAGACAGGCUGUCACCAACCCAAACAACACAUUCUAUGCCACCAAGCGUCUCAUUGGCCGGCGAUAUGAUGACCCUGAAGUACAGAAAGACAUUAAAAAUGUACCCUUUAAAAUUGUCCGUGCCUCCAAUGGAGAUGCCUGGGUUGAAGCUCAUGGAAAACUCUAUUCUCCAAGUCAGAUUGGAGCAUUUGUGUUGAUGAAGAUGAAAGAGACUGCAGAAAAUUACCUUGGGCAUACAGCAAAAAAUGCUGUGAUCACUGUUCCAGCUUAUUUCAAUGACUCUCAGAGACAGGCCACUAAGGAUGCUGGCCAGAUAUCUGGACUAAAUGUGCUUCGAGUAAUUAAUGAACCCACAGCUGCUGCGCUGGCCUAUGGUCUAGAUAAAUCAGAAGACAAGAUCAUUGCUGUAUAUGAUUUAGGUGGUGGGACUUUUGAUAUUUCUAUUCUGGAGAUUCAGAAAGGAGUGUUUGAGGUGAAGUCCACCAAUGGAGAUACAUUCUUAGGUGGUGAAGACUUUGACCAGGCCUUGCUACGACACAUUGUGAAGGAGUUCAAAAGAGAGACAGGGGUUGAUUUAACCAAAGACAACAUGGCACUUCAGAGGGUUCGGGAAGCUGCUGAGAAGGCUAAGUGUGAACUCUCCUCAUCUGUGCAGACCGACAUUAAUUUGCCAUAUCUAACUAUGGAUGCUUCUGGACCCAAGCAUUUGAAUAUGAAGCUGACACGGGCUCAGUUUGAAGGCAUUGUCACUGAUCUAAUCAGGAGAACCAUUGCUCCAUGCCAAAAAGCCAUGCAAGAUGCAGAAGUCAGCAAGAGUGACAUUGGAGAAGUGAUUCUUGUUGGUGGCAUGACUAGGAUGCCCAAGGUUCAGCAGACUGUACAGGAUCUCUUUGGCCGAGCCCCAAGCAAAGCUGUCAAUCCUGAUGAGGCUGUGGCCAUUGGAGCUGCCAUUCAGGGAGGUGUGUUAGCUGGUGAUGUCACAGAUGUGCUGCUCUUGGAUGUCACUCCUCUGUCUCUGGGUAUUGAGACUCUGGGAGGUGUUUUUACCAAACUUAUCAACAGAAACACCACUAUUCCAACCAAGAAAAGCCAGGUGUUUUCUACAGCUGCUGAUGGUCAAACUCAAGUGGAGAUUAAAGUGUGUCAGGGUGAAAGAGAGAUGGCUGGAGACAACAAACUUCUUGGACAAUUUACUUUGAUUGGAAUUCCCCCAGCCCCUCGUGGAGUCCCUCAGAUUGAAGUUACAUUUGACAUUGAUGCCAAUGGGAUUGUACAUGUUUCAGCCAAAGAUAAGGGUACAGGACGUGAGCAGCAGAUUGUGAUUCAGUCUUCCGGUGGGUUAAGCAAAGAUGAUAUUGAAAAUAUGGUUAAAAAUGCAGAAAAGUAUGCUGAGGAAGACCGGCGAAAGAAGGAACGGGUUGAAGCAGUUAAUAUGGCUGAAGGAAUCAUUCAUGACACAGAAACAAAAAUGGAAGAAUUCAAGGACCAAUUGCCUGCUGAGGAAUGCAACAAGCUGAAAGAAGAGAUUUCCAAAAUGAGGGAACUUCUGGCUCGAAAAGACAGUGAAACAGCAGAAAACAUAAGGCAGGCAGCAUCUUCCCUUCAGCAGGCAUCACUGAAGCUCUUUGAAAUGGCAUACAAAAAGAUGGCAUCUGAGCGAGAAGGCUCUGGAAGUUCUGGCACUGGGGAACAAAAGGAAGAUCAAAAGGAGGAAAAACAGUAAUGCCAAACUUUGGAGUCGAAAUAUGAUGCUUGGGAGUGAAGGGACUUCUGAGCAGAAAUGGGCAAACUUCAAUCUUUUACUGUGUUUUUGCAGUAUUCUAUAUAUAAUUUCCUUAAUAUGUAAAUUUAGCGACCAUAAGCUAAUGAUCAUUUAAUGAGAAUUUCAACCGUACAAAAUUCAGAGUACUCUGUAGUCAUUUAUCACCUGCAUGUAAAGGGAGGGGAAGAUUUGUUGAUCAUUAUAAAAACAAUGUUUUGUGCUUUAGUAGCUGUAUUUUCAAGAGGUUGAAACCAUCUCUAAGAAUGAUGAAGGUAGUCGGCCACACACCUGGAAUGAGACCAUAUGGGGAUGAGAGAUCUUCUAGUGAAUUAAGAACUACUACACCAGCCUAUGUGUACAUGGGAUUCUUCAUGAAACUGAGGCCUUACAAGGCAAGCCAGCAGAGCCAUGUUGGAGGGUAGGGCAGGAGUAGCUAGAUCAACAGAAAAAUAGCUGUUACGUACAGCUUUGUAUUUUUAAAGGUAAUAGGGCUCCCUAACUUUCCUAAGACAUAUUUUUCUAGCUGCCUUCUGGCCUGUCUGGCUUCCUUGUUGAUGGCUUUUUUUGAUCAUUCUGGGUUUUUUUUUUUUUUUUUUUUUUUUAAAUAAAUCUGAAAAAGUAUCUUGAUCUCUUGUUUGUGAGAAGUGAGGCUCUGAGAUUUAGCUUCAGGAAUAGGACAUGAAUACUUCCCCAAAUUCUCUGACCUAAAGCCAUUCGAGUGGAAUACAGGAUUUUCUAACAUCAGCUGAAAAUACAAACUCAGGAUUUGGAAGGGCUGGUUGAUGAAAUAAUAUGCAUUAAUUACCAAGAACAAGUCCAUCAGGAACUGAUGCUUCCAACAUUUCUGUUUAAUCUUGAGUGAGUUGCCUUGUCCCAUAUCCUGUCCUGUAGUUGCAAUUACAUGCGGACACCUUCAGAAGAAGGGUGAAUAUCUUUCCUAUUUAUUUAAAUGUGAAGAAUUCUUUCCAAAAGUUUUCCAGCAGAUCCCCCCCCCUUCUUUUCAUGGAUUACUGCCAUAUACUGUGCUCAAAGGAAUCUACUGUUCAAGAACAUGGGCUUAGAUCCUGUUAGAUGUAAUGCCUCCUUUUAUUUUGUGAUAUCUAGAAAUGAAAUUGCUGUACAAUUAAGUCAGUAUAGUGCUUUAAUGUGAAGAUUGUUUACACAGUAAUUACAUUCCUGGAAAUUUUAAGUGUUCCUUAACACCCAUGUAAACACUUGUGGAGAUUCCUAUGAAAAAUAAAUCCUAGGCUCAAAUUUUCAGCUACAUGAAUACUUGGGAACCUUGUGGGAUGUACAGUAACUCUUUGUAAAAGAUUAUUUUUUGACAUAUUGUAACAUCUUUGGUCAGCCUUGCUCCACUGAAUGCCUCUAGAGUAUCCUAAUCAUUGUGAUAAUAAGCACCCCUGCCUCCAAGGACUUCUAAAGCACCCCAGUUAUAAACCAGUGGCUUUUUAUUACAGAUUCAUCCUUGCUAUCAGGUAAAACCGCUGCUUGGAAAGGUACUCAGAUAACAUCUCAAGCUACCCCAUGUGUAGUGAACACAUGGGACAGUAUUUCAGUUACCUACCAGUAAAAAUGAUAGUGGUGCAGACAACCUUGAAAGACAAAGUUUUUUUAUUUUUCAUGUCCAUUGUCCCUUCGUAGUGACAACUGCUUGGGCACCAAGGACUUCUUUACCUUGCUAAGAGGUCUUUCCAGUUAGAGUAAAUAAGCUGCUUAUAGAUGCCUAAACAAAGUCGUCAAAUCUUAGUCAUUGCCCAAGUACACCCAGAACCGUCCUCCUACCACUGAGUGUAAUUUACUGGUUAGUAGUUUUCCCCAUUUAAAAUCACACCCUUGGGGCAGCCUGGGUGGCUCAGUUUAGCAGCGCCUUGGCCCAUGGCAUGAUCCUGGAGACCCGGGAUCUGGGCCCAUGUCAGGCUCCCUGCAUGGAGCCUGCUUCUGCCUCUCUGUCUCUCAUGAAUACUUUUAAAAAAAUAAAAUCACACCCUUGCCACUGGUGAUUUCCCACUGUAGUCCUCAAUCAAAAAUAAUACGUGGCAUUUCAGGGUGCCUGGGUGUCACUUAAGGCUCAGGUCAUGAUUUCAGGGUUGUAGGAUCAAACCCUAAGCCCAGUAGGCUCUGCUCAGUGGGAAGUCUGCAUGAGAUCCCCUACCUCUGCCUACCAUCUCCCCUUACACAUGCACACCCUGUCAAAUCUUUUAAAAACCAUGUGGCAUCUGUCCUUUUAGGUAAUAAUAGUUUCUUUACUUUUUUAAGACACUGAUUUUUGAGGAGUAUAGGCCAUUUCAUUUAUAGAAUGGCCCUUUGUAUUCACCUGAUGAUUUCCUUGAGUUCGGAGUCCUGUACGUAGUAUUGGUAGAAAUACCACAUAGGUGUUAGGUGUAUCGAUAUAUUCAUUACCAGGGAGGAUAAAAUGCUAUGCUCCACACCUGUUCAUUAUGAAACUACUUUUAAUAAGUUUUUAUGGUGGCUUGAUUUUCAGUAUAACAUUUACACUAGAGAUUCCAUAGCAAGAAUGAACAGUAAGAAUAAAAGUGAAUUCUUAUAGAUGGUACAUGAGAUAGAAGUGAAGGGACGAGCCAGAUUUUGGAAACUCAGAUACCACUGUGACUGCUUUGUAAGAGCUAUGUCUCCUCUCUAGUAUCAGAACAACGAAACAGGUGAAAGCUUUAGAUAGAGUAACUAUAGGGUGACCUACAUUAAUCUGUACAGCAUGGAGGUAAUUUAGCAAUUACAGAACCACUGAAACAGCCAUUUCCAUAGGUUAAAAAACACUGAAUAUCAACAAUUUGAUAUGGCUAAGCCUAAUACAAUGUACCAUCCUCAAACCCAUUUCUGCUGCAGCACAGUCAGGAAGCGGAAAUUUGGGGGAAGGGUGGAGAGAGUCUUAAGCAGGCUCAAACACAGAACCCAAUGCUGGCCUUGAGCUCAUGACCCUGGGAUCUUAGCUGAAAUCAAGAGUUGGACGCUUGACUGAUGGCCACCCAGGUGCUCCAAGAAGCAGAAAUCUUGACCCUAAAGAGAACUGCAGCUGAAUCAGCCUUUAAUAAUUAUGAGCUUCAAGUAUGAGAUCAGGCAACAGGAAAGGAACAUUGCUACCUAGGACAAGUGGGCUGGCUCAGUGGCAAAGCAUACAACCAUGAUCUAGGGGUCAUGAGUUUGAGCCCCACACUGGGUGUGAAGCCUAGUUAAAAAUGAGAAAAAGUUCAACCUAAAUUAGAGGUUCUUUUUUUUUUUAAAUCACAGGUUCCUAAACAGGUUCGUUCUUGUACUCCUGACCCAACAGGUGGAGGUUUGAAGUAAUAGGGGAACAGGGAGUCCACAUGAGUGACUUCUGGGGGUCCAUAAAACACUAAUUCUAGAAUUCAAUAUAUUUCUGAAGAAAUGGUCUGUUGCUUUUACUGAUUUAUUGGAACCUGACCCAAAAUGGGCUAAGACUAUUGCUUUCCUCAAUGGGAACUCAUUCUACCUUUACUGGUCUAGCUUAAAUUCAAGACCUACUCCUCUGGUCCAUGUCCCCCUUGCAUUUGCCAGUUCAUUAAUUUUGCUUUUGUAUUUCUUAAGCAUCCUUAUCCAUCUUCAUUAAGCCUUAACCACACUGGCUGCAUACUCAUAAUUUUACUCUAAUAUUUCUAAAAGGAUUAUUCUAAAAAAAAAUCAUCACAUAAAAAAACGUGAGCAACUCUUUAAUAGCAACCAAAUGUCCAAAUUUACCCAUUUCACAACUUUAAGAGCUUAUUUUAAGUAAUUUCUACACCCAAUGUGGGGCUCAAACACUGAGAUCAAGAUUCACAUGCUGUACCUACUAAACCAGCUGGACGCCUGGUUCACAACUUUUUGAAAUGUUAAACCAGAAACCAAAUAAAGGCUACAUCCUAUAUUGGUUGAUAGGUUCCUGAAGACUUUCAGACUAUACAUUUUCUUGCUUCCUUUCCCCCUGCAACUUUGCUAUUUAUAAAGAUUUAGUUUUAGAAUAAUAUUCUAAAGAGGGAGGGAGUACUCCAUAAUAUUCUAGAGACGGAGAGCAUCUCAAGCAGCCUCCCCAUUGAGCAAAGAGCCAGACACGGGGCUCAAUCUCAUGACCCGCAAUUUAUUUAAGAAACUGGCCCACCUGUCCUAUAAUAUCCCACAUAGUACAUUUUACUGAUUGCAUCCCUGUGAUGACAUUUAACAUGUUCUUCCAUCCCCAACUGUGAACUGAUUCAAGCUUCCUGACAAGAAUAGGUGCUGCAUAUUUCCAUCAGAGGGUACAUAAUUCUGGUUGGUUCUUAACGUGAUGUUAGCCACUGAUGACUAUUAACUUAGAUCUCUAAUUUCAUUAAAAGUAAUGUAGCCUGGAGCACAAGAGUGUCUCAGUUGUUUAAGUGUCUGACUCUUCGUUUUGCCUCAGGUUAUGAUCUUGAUCUCUCCCUUUCCCUCUCUCCCAGCUCUCGUGGGCGUGCUCUCUUUCUAAAUAAAAUCUUAAAAAGUAGGACUAUCCUAUCUUCACUUAUUAGUUGGGAUACGUCUGUAGUGAGAAACUUGCCCUCAUAAGAAGUACUUAGUUAUCCUGAGGUACAGUUCAUACAGGAUUCUUUAUGUACUGGUUUUAAGAAUGAGUUGGUUUUGUAUUAUUCAAAGGUGAGACCAAUGAGGUUUCUUAGGUGUCAGUGUGAGCUCACAGAUUUUAUGUGUUUCAAUUCACUGUAGUUCAUAAUGAUGCUGAAAUUGUUCUAUUUUUGGCCUGUGGAAGCUCUUCAUGUUGACUCUUCUUUUGAUAGGACCUCAGUAGUCAAGAACAAGUCUCUUCAGUAAAUGAUGUUGGGAGGGCAGCCCCGGUGGCGCAGCGGUUUAGCACCGCCUGCAACCCGGGGUGUGAUCCUGGAGUCCCGAAAUCGAGUCCCACGUCAGGCUCCCUGCAUGGAGCCUGCUUCUCCCUGUGUCUCUGCCUCUCUCUCUCUCUCUGAAUAAAUCUUAAAAAAAAAAAAAUGGUGUUGGGAAAAUUGGAUAGCCACAUGCAAAAGAAUGAAGAAACUGGGCAGCCCGGGUGGCUCAGCGGUUUAGCGCAUCCUUCAGCCCAGGGCGUGAUCCUGGAGCCCCAGGAUCGAGUCCCACGUUGGGCUCCCUGCAUUGAGCCUGCUUCUCCCUCUGCCUGGGUCUCUGCCUCUCUCUCUCCUCUCUGUGUAUUCUCAUGAAUACGUAAAUAAAAUAUUUAAGACAAAAAAAUAAAACUGUACCACUAUCUUACACCAUACACAAAAUGGAUUAAAAACUUCUAAGAGCUGAAACCAUAAGACUCCCAAAAGAAAAUAAAGGCCUUAAGCUCCUUGA